AAAGCAAUUUUUACAUCCCAUCGCAUCCUCUAAGCCACACAUAAAUUCAGUAGUCGUGAUUCGAUCGCGUGUUGUUCGUGGUGUGUUUUUGCAGAAAAACGCAUUUUGUCCGUGAAAAUCGUCCGCUAUUUCCACACAAUUUUUCCUUCAGUCAUGGCAACAAAAUCAUCUUUUUUAAUAGCGACACGACGAUAUUUUUAGACUUUUCAGCACGUGUUACUCGCUAGAUGAUAGCCAUGGCACAGGUGGACUUUGAUAUAAAAUGACUGAAGUGGUUUUGCAAUGUUAAGGCUUGAACCAGUUCGGUGAAAUGCCGGAAAUGGUUGAUCAUUCCAAGCUGGAUAAACGUGGAAGUUUCUACUUCCAUGAGGAGUCAAGUUCGAGCGCCGGUUCUGAGCAGUGCUCCAUUUGUUUGUCGUCAAUCAUGUCCUCAUCGGCCAGCAGCGAGGAAGAAGACCGAAUCCUGCAGAGCUUCAAGGCGAAGAUCAAGAGGUUCAAGCGAAAGGCGUCUAGGAACAGGAAACUGGGACAUAAUGUGGACGGCAUGGAACUGGAGACUCUCUACCAAAGAUACUGUAUCCGUCUGAAGCACGCCCUCUUCCUCUCAGGACUAACAGUAUCCACGAUAGUUUCCAUUGGAAUACUAAUCACCACUUGCGUUCUCCACGUGCAGGAUCUGCACAAAAGCAUUUUGCCCAUCACCAUGAUGUCAGUGGUCACUUUCGCCCUCAUAGCCAUUCUCAUGGCGUCGCAGUUUCCCGUCGUUUUGGAAUCUGAAGCAUGGGCCCUGAUGUCUUCUCUGGUAAUAACGGCUUCCGCUGCCACUGCCAUGCUUCUUCUAGCUGGACGACAUGCUCCGUUACCUCUCUUCGCUCUUCUUCUGGUCAUCCACACCAUGCUACCACUGUCCAGAUCGGUAGCCUUGGCUUUGGCCACUAUAGUGACUGUUGCUCAUGUGGCCACCUCCAUAGCACAUCGGCUUCACGAAGACGAAGCAGCCGAUUUUCUUCAGCUGGUGCCAGAAACGGUGAUUUUGGUGACUGGCAGCUUGACUGGAGUGUAUUAUAGGCACCUGACGGAGGAGGCGCACCGCAGGACUUUUGUGGGCACCAGAACCUGCAUUGAAUCCAGAGUGAAGCUGGAAUGCGAAAAAGGCCAGCAGGAGCAGCUGCUGCUUAGCGUUAUUCCUGCAUAUAUCGCUGCAGAGGUAAAGCGAAGCAUUAUGCUGAAAAUGGCGGACGCCUGUUCGGAGCACAAAACCCAAACUUUCCACGAAAUGUACGUCCAGAGGCACAACAAUGUGAGCAUUCUGUAUGCGGACAUUGUGAACUUCACCCCCUUGAGCGAGCAGCUGUCAGCCAGUGAUUUGGUGAAGACUCUGAACGAGCUCUUCGGGAGAUUCGACCAGAUCGCUCAGGACAACCAGUGCAUGCGGAUAAAAAUCCUGGGCGAUUGUUAUUACUGUGUAUCCGGACUUCCAAUUUCCAGACCGAACCACGCCUAUAAUUGCGUUAACAUGGGCCUUCAGAUGAUCGAGGCGAUCAGGUUUGUGCGUGAAGCCACCGGCUUCAAUGUGGAUAUGCGGAUCGGAAUCCACACCGGAAAUGUACUCUGUGGAGUUUUGGGGCUGCGAAAGUGGCAGUUUGAUGUGUGGAGCGACGAUGUUACUUUGGCGAAUCACAUGGAAAGUGGCGGAAUUGCCGGCCGCGUCCACAUCACAAAAGCGACUCUAAUCCAGCUGGGGGAUCGAUUUGAGGUUGAGCCGGGAAAUGGGGCCAGUCGAGAAGGGUACUUAGCCGACCACAAGAUUGAGACUUACCUAAUAAUCCCACCUAAGAAGCCCGAGCAAGAGCAGCAAAAUGGCAACUUGAAUGCCACCCCGAAGAAUGCGGAGCGAAAUAACAGCAUUGGAGACAGCGCUGUUCAGGGAAUGGCCACGCCGAGUGGACCUCCAUCCAGAGCAAGACCAUCAAGCAAAAUGACGAAAUACGUUGAAUGUUGGGGAGCUGACAAACCGUUUGCUAAUAUUGCAGAGUCCACUUUGGCCAAAAAUAUUGAGCUAACGUUCCCCACUUAUCUGCAGACUCUCGGCAUGAUCGAGUCCAACCUUCUGCCCGACAGAUCGACGUGCCUCGAAUGCAAGAAGUGGUGGCACUCGGAGGACCUGAAUCCGGCCGUCUUGUGGUUUCAAAACCGGAAACAGGAACGCGAGUAUCGAAACCAGCCCGAUCCAGAGUUUCGCUGUUAUGUGGCUUGCGCCACGCUGAUAUUUAGCGCUAUGUGCCUCAUGCAAAUUACCACGAUUCCUUACAACAUUGUCCUGUACGGCAGCAUUGGCCCCACUCUUCUAGUCCUGCUGAUUUUCGUCUAUUUAUGCUGGGUGGAUGGGUGCUGCAGCCCUCGGCCCCCUUCGGACACCCCACAGGAUGAACCGGGCGCCUGCAGCCCCCCAGGACAAGUGGUGGCUGAAAGUCGAUGUCUGCGAAUUUCCAUUUUUCUCGUCAGUGUGACGCUGAUUUCAGCCUGUGCAGUUACCACAUUGGUGAAUUACAGUCCUCAGCUGAAGGAAACAGCAGAGUUAAUAUCCACAGAAAACCUGACGGUCUUCACAAGCAGCCAGCCUGAUCCUGGUCCAGAAAUAGUCCACUACGUUCCUACCUAUCUAUACAGUUCCGCCCUAGUGCUGGCAGCCAUCUCAGUAUUCCUGCGCAUCGGGUUUCUGCUCAAACUCAGCCUGAUGAUGGUCUCAGUGGUUGUCCAUAUAGUCAUCUACAGUUAUCUGGACUUUUUCCAGGAAUACCAUGCGCUGGAUGUGCACGAUGACGAAUUUCCAGGGCUGCCUUUUGAGAUAAAAACCGCGCUUGUUCUUGCCAUGGUGGUCAUCUUUUUCCACAUUCUGGAUCGGCAGAUCGAGUACACAUCCAGGACGGAUUACCUGUGGAAGGCCAAGCUCAAAGUGGAACAGGAGGAAGUUGAAACGAUGCGAGGCAUCAAUAAGAUUCUUCUGGAAAACAUCCUUCCGGCCCACGUGGCUGAACAUUUUCUCUCAAACCGAGUGACCACCGAUCUGUACCAUGAGAGGUACUCUUGCGUAGCCGUAAUGUUUGCCUCCAUUCCAAACUACAAGGAGUUUUAUGAUGAAAGCGACGUGAACAAGCAGGGCUUGGAAUGCCUGCGGCUACUGAACGAGAUAAUCUGCGAGUUCGACAAGCUAUUGCUCAAGCCAAAGUUCAGCUGCAUAGAGAAAAUUAAAACGAUUGGCAGCACCUACAUGCUGGCGUCGGGAUUGAGGCCGGGAAAAGAGACUGAUACUUCGGAAGCAACCAGGAAAGCCGAACACAUCAUUAUAGCCUUAGUGGACUUUGCCAUCUGCCUGAUGACCAGCCUUGACCAGAUCAAUCGAGAUGCUUUUCAAAGGUUUAAGCUCAGAUUUGGUGUUUUGAUUUUGUUGCCGAAAAAUUGGUCUCCAGAAAAAUGUAAAAGCAUCUUUUGCUCGACUUGGACGCAACUUGGCUUCAAACCUUCAAACCCAAAAGUUCCGAAGACGUCAAAGACUUGAACUAAAAAUUCGUGAAUUUUGCAUCUUCAGAUAUUGAACGCUUUGGAAUGGAAACUGGCUACAUCAGCCAGUAAAAAGUGCGAACAUUCAGACCCACAGCGCAUAUACACUUUCUUUAGAGUCAAAAAUACUAGAGAUUAAGCGAAUUCUUGAUAUAAACUUGUCAAACUAAUGUGGAAAACUUUGCAAAUUAAUUAUGUUGCUCCAAUCUAUUGCAAAACUGCUAAAAGAGCAACAACAAUUUCUUUAAAACAAACAAAAUGUUACUCUACCCGGUCAAAUGACUUCUGGAAGCGACUAAAUCUGCCCAAAAAGCGACUACAAAAUAAAUUUGACUCGAGAUUUCACUAGGAGAGUUUGCCUGGGAAGCCGUCAAUUUCCUCUAAGAACUGUUUUUUACAGGUUCAUAACUGUAAAAACUUACCGGUGAAAAGUCGCAGGCAGCUUGACGGUAUUUUCAUAUUCUUUUGCUCGAAACUCCGUUAACUCUUGCAAGUUUUCCAAUAUAAAAACUUGAUUGUAAAGGAGAUUUAAUUGGCUACAACGUUUCGAAGCAAAAACUCUUCGACGGUCGAAAAUUUGUGAAAAAUGGGUUAGAAUUUUGGGCUCAUUCAAUUUAGGGAGUUUGAUUUCAUGUUCGAUCCGGCGCCUUUUCACUGAAAACUCACUUGCUUGUUAUAAUUUUUUAAUCAUUUAAACGUUAUUUUGUGCCCACUUUCCGCUUUUGAGGUGCAUUUUAGAUCGAACUCAUACAUUUGGCUUUCGCUUCGAGGAAACGGGCUCGAAUUCAGGUUUACUGAAUUGUUUCAGGUGGUGAAUUGUGCUUGUAGCUUUCUCUUGCAUAAGUAAUUUCUGAUCAUUUUUUUAAAUGAAGGAAGUAAUUUAGUUACCGUUUGAAGGUGCGUUAGAAGUAAAAUCGCCUAUUUAGGUACACGAUUUCUAAACUAAUCAAGAACGCUGUCUUAAUUUUAACGUUUGUUUUCUCAUUUUUUGGCUAAAGUUAAAGUUAUUUGGUAUCAUUUAAAUUACGUUUCGCCCGUCCAUCUUCAGAGAUAAAUGAUCAAAAUUGGGCUAACUUGCAUGGAAAUUUUUAGUGUUUGUCCGCACUGUUUUGUUUUAUUACUCAGGUGCUGUUUAUGAUUUUACACCCAUUCAAAUGCAACUUUACAGGCCUUUACUGGCCUUUGAAGUACAGCAGGGAAAAGGUCCUUCAUUUUCAAAAUAGUCGUGGCUACUUAAGCCGACAGUUUUUAGUGGCACUCUGCAAUCUUCGCCCGUUUAUAACUCACUUAUUUGGUCGAUUUUUGUUGAUAUGAAAACGAGAUUUUAAGCCAAAUUUACUGAGUUUUGUAAUGAAGCAAAGUCACCCAUUUACCAGCAAUUUUGAGAUAGACAAGCUGGCAAUCUGUGCUACUUUUUUUUUAAUAACUCCUUUUAUUUGUGUACAAUUGUGAGACAAUAAGUAAAAAUUGUUAACAUAAGAAAUAACAUGUGAGUGUUCGCUCAUUAAUAAAGCACUCUUACAAGCCUGAUCAAUUAUUUACAAAACAUUUAAAUUGAGUGAACAAUAGACUAGUUAAGUAAUUCUAAAAAUUUACAACAAGUUGAACAAGUUCCUGCGUUUCCGAAAACGAGACACCACAUUAGUAUUAUUAAGUAACUCUUUUGCUAAUUCAUUUGGAUGUUUCGAUAAUCUGUUUUUGUAUUUUUUAAAGUAGUUUAUUAUUUCUUCUUUCACUGUAGUAAUUUGAAGGUCUUUUCUGAUAAUUUCAUUGGGUACGAACCAUGGUGCUGCUACUAUGUUUCUUAGUGAUUUGGAUUGAAAACGUUCCAUUAUGUCAAUGCUUGAGUCUGCUGCAGAGCCCCAUGAUUGGAUUCCAUACGUCCAGAUCGGUUUCAGUAUGCAAUUGUAGAUUAAAAGCUUGCUCUCAAGAGACAGUGCUGAGUUCUUAUUGAUUAGCCAGUACAUUUGCCUGAUUUUUAAGCCUAACUGUUUCCGUUUUGCCCAUAUAUGUGGUCUCCAUGUUAACCGACUGUCCAAGUGAAUUCCCAGAUAUUUGAUUUCGUCUUUAUGCGGUAUUAGCUCAUUAUUUAACUAUAAUGGGGACCUUGUGUAUCUUCGGAGUGAGAAAGUUACAUGGGUUGACUUGUCUGUAUUUAUGCUGAUUCUAUUGUGCUUGAGUCAGGUUUCCAGCUUUACAAGGCGCUUCUGUAACAUUGCUGUU